UUGUUCAUUCUGGAAAUUCAAGGAAACGUGAGUGAAACAUUUCCGCUUGUGGUUUGGAGGUGGGUGGAUGGAGGCGCGUCCGAGUCCUGAAAAGGCCCUCCACAUCCCCUACCCCGCCUCAGAGUGAGUGCACUCACGCAGAGAGACGCACCAUCUCCGGAGCUCCCGGUGUGCCCCCGCCCUCCCCGCGCGCGCAGUCAUGAUCAGAAACGAGGUCUUCUCCUGCUUCCUCUUCUAUGCCGUUCUCCUCGUCAUUAAAAUGUACGUGAUCGCGAUCAUAACGGGGCAAGUGAGGCUGCGCAAGAAGGCUUUUGCCAACCCGGAGGACGCUCUGAGACAUGGAGGUUUGCAGUUUCACAGAGAAGAUCCGUACGUGGAAAGAUGCCGGAGGGCCCACAUCAAUGACAUGGAGAACAUCUUACCCUUCCUCUUCUUGGGGGCCAUCUACUCCCUAAUGGGACCUUCGCUUUUUGUGGCUCGCCUCCACUUCCUGGUCUUCUCCUUGAGCCGUUUGCUGCACACCCUGGCCUACCUGCUGGCUCUGAGGGCGCCCACCCGCUCCGUGGCCUACACCAUCGCACAAAUCCCCUGUGUGUCCAUGGCUGUGCAGAUCUUAAUGUCAGUUAUGGCGUACGCCUGAACGUGAACAACUGAACGUUUCUGUGUCCAGAAUAAGGCAAUAGGUGGGUUUCCUGUCCACUGUUUAAUUGUGUUGUCAGUAUUUAUGCUAUAUUUGUAGAAUGUGAGAAUGUCUUGAACAACAUUUGAAGUAUUUCAGAGCACAUUCUGUAUUUAAGAAGCAAAAUGAAGGUUAGCGCUCAUUUUAUAGAGAGCAAGCGGGAAGCUGUAAGCGCAAAAGCCCCAUCAAAGUGUUUCCACUGACCUGAUAUUGACGGCGAUGUAUUUUAAGUUUACACCCAGCCACCUCUGUGGUUUCAGAUCCUCAUGAUGGUUUCAUCUGGUUCCUGUGGAAUUUCAUUUGCAGUGUCAACCCUUGUCUAUGCUGUAGCUGAUGAGAUGUGUCCUUUUCCACCACUGUCAGGCUUUGUAAGCAAAAGUUCCAGUCUUCAGACCAAUUUAGAAGAAGGAACGACUGGCGUAUCAAUGCUCUGCAGCAACCUGCAGAGAAAAACUCUCAUUUUUCAGUGCUAUCUGUGAAAACACAUUUUAAGGCUGUUUUUUUUUUAAAUCAUAUUUUAAUGUUUAUUUAUUAUUUUGUUGGUGUGUAUGGUUAAAUCUGUGUCAUUACAGAAACACUUUUAGGUAAUAAAACAAUUUGUAGUCAU